AUCCAUCACUCCUUUGUUUGGUGAAUUGUGUUCAUCUUUAAGAAAAUGGGAAGCUUAAUAUGGUUUUCCCAAAUCCUCUGCCUUUCCUUCAUGUUGUUACAGUUUCGAGUCCAAAGCUCAUCACCUUCUCAAUCUUCUCUCGAUUCAUCACCACAUUUGUGCCGUCCUGAAGAGCGUUCUGCAUUGCUUGAUUUCAAAAGCACCACUAAUUUGGUGGACAACUGGUUUUAUACUCCUCGUCCUAUAAUACAAACUUGGAACGAGAGUAAAGACUGCUGCUCGUGGGAAGGCAUCGCAUGCGACAAGCGGAAUGGUCACGUGAUUGGCCUUGAUCUUAGCAGUAAUUGUCUUGAAGCCAAUCUAACUACAAAUAGUAGUCUCUUCCGCCUUGAGAAAUUGCAAAGUCUCAACGUUUCUCACAAUUGGUUUCAUUAUCCUAAUAUCUCAUUUGGGUUCGACCGUUGGAAGAGUUUGACAUAUCUUAAUCUUUCAAAUUCAGUAUGCAUGGAUGGCUCUUUCCUGUUUGAUGAGAUCUUCUUGCUACCGAAAUUGGUUUCACUUGAUCUCUCUGAUAAUUAUCUUUUGUUUAUUGACAACAUACAGUUUCAAAUGCUUGUGCAUAACUUAACAGAAUUAAGGUUUCUUAUCCUUGAUUCUGUGAAUAUGUCUCUGGUUGUGCCUUCUUCCUUGCUAAACUUGACUUCUUCCUUGGAGCAUUUGAGCCUUAGCGAUUUGCAUCUUGACAACAUAAAUUUUCAAACUCUUGUGCAUAACUUAACAGAAUUAAGGUUUCUUAUCCUUGAUUAUGUCAACAUGUCUCUGGUUGUGCCUUCUUCCUUGCUAAACUUGACUUCCUCCUUAGAACAUUUGAGCCUUCAGUAUUGUAAUUUGCAAGGAAACUUUCCUAACCAAGUUUUUCAGCUUCCAUCUCUCCAGCUUCUUAAUCUAAGCUACAACUUUGAUUUAGGAGGUAAUCUGCCCGAGUCAAACCAGAGUGGUACCCUCGAGUAUUUGAAUCUUGCAAACACAAACUUCUCAGGAGAGUUGCCUCAUUCAAUUGGAAAUCUUAAAUUCCUAAAGGAAUUGAACCUUUAUCACUGCCAAUUUUAUGGAUCAAUUCCUAGAUCUCUUGCAAAUCUUACAGAGAUAACUCAACUAGAUUUUUCUUUCAACCAUUUGCGAAGGCAAAUACCAGAUGUUUUUGGAAAAAUGCACAAGCUUACUGAUUUGAGCUUAGAUGCAAACAAUUUUGGUGGUGAAAUUCCUGCAUCAAUCUUUAACCUCACCUAUCUUACUUUUUUGUCACUAUCAUCAAAUAAGCUAUUAGGUUGUGUACCAUCUUCGUUGUUUUCUCUGCCUUCUUUAUCCUAUUUAGGCCUCGGAAACAAUAGACUUACCAGACCUAUUGAUCAUGUUGAGAUGCCUAACCUCAUUUUACAAGAAGUCUAUUUGUCCAAUAACAAGAUAAGUGGUUCAAUUCCAAGCUUCUUCUUUGAUCUUGUGCAUCUUACUACACUCCACCUUUCUUCAAAUAACUUAACUGGCACCAUUACACCCGACAUGCUUUCGAAGCUUGUAGACCUUAAGGAUCUUGAUCUUUCCAAUAAUAGUUUGCUGUCUUUGAGCAAUAAUGGCACUGCUGUCAACUAUUCCUUUCCGAACCUUUUGUUUUUAAAAUUAUCUUCUUGCAACAUACACAAGUUCCCAAGUUUCUUAAGGAAGGCAGAGAAAUUGGAAGUAUUGGAUAUUUCCAAGAACAAGAUUUCUGGUCAAAUUCACAAAUGGGAAAUAGAAGGGAUGUCAUUGAAUACAUUAAACCUUUCUUAUAACUUCUUGACUGGUAUAGAUUUAUUUGGUUUUGGAAAUUUUGAAGUUGUUGACCUUGGAUCCAACUUACUAGAAGGAUCACUUCCCAUUCUAUCAACAACUUGGGAUUCUAUGCAACAACUCCUCAUUUCAGGGAAUAAUUUGACUGGCGAAAUCCCUUCUUCUUAUUGUAAUUUUACUUAUCUUGAAGUUCUAGUCUUAGCUAAUAAUAGGUUGGGAGGAAAAAUUCCAGAAUGCCUUGGAAACUUGAGUGCUCUCAACAUCUUGGAUCUGCGGAUGAAUAAGUUCCAUGGUAGGAUUCCAAAUUUUUUUGGAAAAAGCAUUGGGUUGAAAACCCUUCAUCUAAAUGGCAACCGGUUGGAGGGGAUAUUGCCACGGUCUUUGGUUAAUUGCAGUAUCUUGGAAAUUCUAGAUGUGGGGAACAACAACUUGAAUGAUACCUUUCCACAUUGGUUAGGUGUUCUUUCAUCGCUAAAAGUUCUCAUCCUUCGAUCUAAUCGAUUUCAUGGUGCCAUUAGCAAUUUUAUGCCUGCAUUUUACUUCCCUCAGUUAAGAAUCAUUGAUGUCGCACAGAAUGAUUUUAUGGGUCUCCUACCGAGUAACUAUUUCAAAAUUUUGAAAGGUAUGAGAGAUGUAGUUCCAGCUGAUAAUGUCAAAUCUGAAUACAUUGAUUACUAUACGGGAUGCUUAGAUAAUGUAUGCGGUUAUAUUUAUGAGGAUUCUGUGAAGGUAGUAAUGAAAGGCCUCUUGAAUGUCAUUGAUGUCAUUGCAGCUUCACCUUUGACAUGUUUGAAGGAUCACCCUGGAAAGGGUGAAAAACUCACCUUAUCCCUCAGUGGCACAUUUUCUUUUUCUGUGUGGAUGGAGUUGUUGGCUGCAACAACCGAUACACUUGGUUGUAUAUUGCUCUUAGACACUCAAGUCACUUCUUGUGGUGCAACUGUGAAAGUGAUGCAAACUGCUUGUUCAUGGAGAUGUUAAUCAGUGGAGAUUGCCCAUGUCAAGUUCCUCUUACUAUUAACCAACAGAGUGACUAUUGCCUCCAUCCAGCUAGUCAUGCACGGAUGCUUCUUGGAAAGGAAUUCUUGAGGUUUGACGCCAAGAAUCGCACAACUCUGAGCGGGUUCCACCUAGUUGUGCGUUUCAUUUGGUAACAUAACACUUACCUAAUAAGUCCGAGGAUUCACCACAAAUGACAUGAUAUGAUCCAUGCUAACAUUGGCGACACUUGCAGGGGCGAAUGCUUUUA